CUCUAUAGAUGCCGCUAAAAUGCGAUUUGCUCGACCGCGUGCUCAGCUCUACGUGCUCCGCUCGUGCUCUGUCUGUGCGUCUAGGCGGUUAGCGGCUAACAACUAACAAUAAGAAAAGUUUCGGCCUUUAAGACAAGAUUUAAGAUUUAAACUAUUUUAACCCUCUGACAAUGGAAGACGACUUCACUUUGGCAUCACAGCUUGAAGCCCUGGAAUCGGAGCCAAACAAAGUGGCAGAAUAUUACCGGGCUUUUCAUAAAACAAGGGACCAAGCAGGUUUCAACGUUAUUUCCGAUAAUAAAAAACACCUGCAACAUUUUGAUUGCGUGCAGAUUGCAGAAGAUGGAAACACCAUGGUGUGCAGCUCAAACUUGAACGGACGGCUUUGGAAGGGCUCUGUUAUUAUUUACAACACACCAGAUGAAGCUGUGGCAGGUGAUGUCCAAAGGGCUGUCGCAGGAACAGUCACCAGCUCAAGCAUUUCUGACGGAACAUUCUUGUCUUCUUCGGGAGAAUAUUUUCUCGUUGGAGAGGACAGUGGUGCUGUCACACUUUUGAGACUCACAAAGCCACUCAGUGGCAAUUCACCCCCAAACAUCCUGCACCUAGGCAGCAGUUACACACACAAUGACAUGGUCACUUCCAUUGGUAUUCUGCCAGACAAGAAGAGGAUUGUUACUUCAAGUCGCGAUCUCAGUAUUAAAAUUAUCAACACAGACGGGCUGCUGGUUGAAAAUGAACUUUUGCCAGCUCAUGGGCAUCCUGUACUGUCUGUCGCUACUCAAACCAACAGCGAUAUUUUUGCUUCAUGUGCUGACCACAAUGAGGUCCUCCUCUGGGACGUCCGACAGGAGAAACCAGCACACCUGAUUUUCAAAACUGACAUCAACACAACUUGUUUGAACUGGCAGCCCAAUAGCCACAUCGUUUCCGUUGGUGAUCAGAUUGGUACAGUGUACUUGGCAGAUGCAAGAAACCCGAAGACGCAGCUGGCCAAGUUUGCCAUUCCCAAUCACAGACCUUUGCACAAGCUUUCAUUCAAUCCAUCAAGCACGUCAAGCCUUGCAGCUGUUGGUGAUUUCAAUGAAGUCUAUCUGCUAGACUGCAGUGGUGGUGAUCUCAAACAAAUUUCCAGGUUUUCAACUCACUCUGACUUUCCUAGAGGUAUAUCUUGGAGAAACGGUGCUCUAUACACUUGUGGUUGGGACACAAAAGUUCUCAAACAUGAUUUAAGCCAAAACUAGAAUCUCGAUACUGUUGAUAAUAUGCGGGAUAAAAUUUGUACUGUUUCCGCCUCUGCAAUUUAUAUUGCAAUGUAAAUCUUCAGAAAAAUAAAUCUAAACAUUCUACCUAACAUUA